UGGGGCGCUGCAGCCCGGACACCCAGCCCAGCUGGCUACGCGGCGCGCAUGCGCAAGGCCCCUCGCUGCCGCAGAGUACUCCGGGAGGUGUAGUCUCUGUGCGGGCGCCGGUGGGCCGCCGGAGUCCUGCGUCCCGGCGGAACCUGGAGAAGUCUGAACACACUCGCCACCCCCCGUCCUCAUUCCCAUCUUCACACCUGUCCCGUCACCUCGCACUUACGCUCGGUCCCCGCGCGCUGGGCUUCGGUCUCGGCGCGCCCGCAGGAAGAGCGCGAGACCUUCCCUUCAGCAGGCUCUGCUGGAGGAGGCGGGGUCCACGGCCCGCCCCCUGCCGCCACCCCCCCCUCCCCUCCCGGCGGGUAUCGGGCCGGUGCCCGAAGAGAGGCGGCGGCCCCCGCAGCGGCCGCAGGAGGGGCGGCGGCGGCGGGCGCCGCAGGCGAUGCCCCUGCCCGGCUGCUCCGGCGGGGGACGGUGCGAGCGGCGGCGGGGGAGCUGGCGGGGGGCAGCGGCUGCGGCGGCUGCAGCAGAGGGGCCGAGAGCUGGCGGCGGUGGCGGCGGUCGUGAAGGGCAUCGGUAGCGGCGGUGAUGGCAGUGUCGAUCUGAAGAUGGAAAGAGCCAGGCGAAGGGGAGGCGGCGGCGGCCGCGGCCGCGGCGGCAAGAAUGUAGGGGGCUCUGGCCUAAGCAAGAGUAGACUCUAUCCCCAGGCCCAGCACUCCCACUACCCCCACUACGCGGCUUCAGCCACCCCUAAUCAGGCUGGGGGCGCAGCCGAAAUCCAGGAGCUGGCCUCCAAACGAGUGGACAUCCAGAAAAAGAGGUUUUACCUAGACGUAAAGCAAAGCUCCCGGGGCCGGUUCCUAAAGAUAGCCGAAGUCUGGAUAGGGAGAGGCCGGCAGGACAAUAUCAGAAAGAGUAAACUGACUCUGUCCCUGUCUGUGGCAGCGGAGCUGAAGGACUGUCUAGGGGACUUCAUCGAGCAUUACGCCCACCUGGGCCUGAAAGGCCACCGGCAAGAGCAUGGCCACGGCAAAGAUCAAGCCUCCAGGAGGAGACAGAAGCACUCGGCACCCUCCCCACCUGUCUCUGUAGGGUCCGAAGAGCACCCUCAUAGUGUCCUCAAAACAGACUACAUAGAGAGGGACAAUAGGAAGUAUUAUCUAGACCUAAAGGAAAAUCAACGGGGUCGCUUCUUAAGAAUAAGACAAACCAUGAUGCGAGGGACUGGCAUGAUAGGUUAUUUUGGUCACAGUUUGGGCCAAGAGCAGACUAUUGUGCUCCCAGCACAAGGAAUGAUCGAGUUUCGUGAUGCCUUGGUUCAGCUCAUUGAAGACUAUGGCGAAGGCGACAUAGAAGAACGAAGAGGUGGAGAUGAUGACCCACUUGAACUCCCAGAGGGGACUUCUUUCAGAGUGGACAAUAAAAGGUUCUACUUUGAUGUGGGCUCUAAUAAAUAUGGAAUUUUCCUGAAGGUAAGUGAGGUGAGGCCACCUUACCGUAAUACUAUUACUGUUCCAUUCAAAGCUUGGACAAGGUUUGGGGAGAAUUUUAUCAAGUAUGAAGAAGAGAUGAGGAAAAUUUGCAACAGCCAUAAAGAAAAGAGAAUGGAUGGCAGAAGGGCCAGUGGUGAAGAACAAGAAUGCCUCGACUAGAGUGAAAUUGAACUCCAUCAGGCAAAAUUUAAAAUCAUAAAUUGGCUAAAAGUACUGAUCCAUAAUCAUUUGAAGAAGUUUUUCCUCUUUUUUUGGCCCUUUGUUAUUAGUAAUACCUCUGGUAGUUUAUACUUCAAGGAGUCUGAUUCUCAUGUUAUACACAGAAUAUUAUAAUUCUUAAGGGAAUUCCAACCUUCCCAGAGCUAAGUAGUUCAGCUGCUUCACCUGCUCCAGACUAUUGAAGUAUGCAAAUCAGCACAAAAUGUGAUAUUCUGACCUUCUAAAUACCAUAACUAAGAUUUACAUUGCACUAUGACAUGAUCCCGAGAAAAUACACAUAUACUUAAUACGGAAGUGUGAAUUUCUAUUUAACAAGUUCCCCGAAAAAGUAUUCCAUCCCUACUUCUUUAAAAGCUGCUAAGCUUACCUGUAGGGCAGUUACCACAGAAACAGAAAUUGACCUCAAGUAUAGUAUAAAUAUAUUUCUUUAUAAAAGUACAUGUAGAAAUAUAUUAGUUGUUCACUGGAUGACUGAAUAUCAAAAGUACCAUGAAAAGAAUUAAAUCUUACAGUUAUGAUAGUAUUCUAUAAUUUCAAAUUUUGUGGUAACCCUGCAGUUGAUCGUUGCCAUAUCAAAGCCGUGGGAGAGUUUUAAUUGGUUAUUCUAAACUAGUUGUAAUCCCAUCUUUACCUCUAUUCACCAUACCCUAUAUUUUUAUUGACUUUCCAAAGUUUGAGGAAUUACUUUUAUGUCACUGUUGAGUGGGAGGCUUCAUCCUAUGGCUUUGCUAUGGAAAUCUUGGUGUUUUAGCCUUUCAUGCUAAUUUGAAGGUUGUGCGAGGUUUUUUCCCAAAAUAUAUCAUGGACUCAAGGUGUUAUAUUUUAUGCUUCUUCUUUAGCACUAUUUCAGAGGGGUUGGUGCACCAGUUAACUGAUACAAAAAUACAUCUGUAAUAAUACAUUUUAGUAGCACUUUUGCAAUUGCUACCCUUAAAACCGUGUCAACACUUCCAAUAUAAACCUGGCUUUUACAGGUAUUUUAAUUCCAGAAAGAAAAAAAAAAAUCUUUUUCUAAAAAGCAUUUAGAAUAUAAAUUUUCAGCCUGGGAAAAUUAUUUAAGGAUUGGUUAUAAACAUAUUUGAAAGGAAAAUUCAGGCAUUUUCCAAGGUGCUCUUUAUGAUACUUAAAAAUAAGGUUUACUUUACACAAGACUUACCCAUUUACCUGUAUUAAAAAUUACUUUCCAGGAAGUGCCACAGCAAUUUUUCAACACCUAAGCAAUUUUUAAACAAGUGGUUAUAGUGUAUAUGUGUACCAACCCACCGUGUAUUAACUGACUGGAAUUUUAUCUGUUGAGCUGCAUUUUAUUCUGAUUGAAAUUAUUGUCUUUUAUCUUGGCUUUAUUCACCUCCCACACAAUAAGUCCAUAUAAUCAUCUUUAAGAGCCAGACACUGAUUUCAACCCCCAAAUAUAGCUCUCAUUGAUGAGAGCUGGCUGCAUGGAUUGAGAUCAGAAUGUAGCUCUCCUUUUAUAUGCUAUAAGUAGUUCAAAAUUAUUUUAAUCAUUUUUUCCUUCAGCAGUUUGUCCCCAAAUCCAUUUAAGUAAGGUCACUAAGAGAACUUUGUGAGUUAAAAUAAGAAUAUUUCUGGCUUAUCUUAUUUCAAAACAAGCAAUCAGUAACCCAGAUAUAUACACUGGUAUUGGUUUUCAGAUUGUAUUUCACAUUUCCUCAAGUAGUAUGAAGGAAUCUCAUUAGUUCAUUAUAAUUGUGGACCAUCUGGAUUACUAUGGAACAACUGAAGGUUAGAAGAUAAUGUUAGUACUAGAGUUAAUAGCACAUGGUGGGUGUUGAGACUCUAAAAGUAGCAAGGAUCUUUAAACAGUCCUAACUGUAAAAUAACUAUUGUAGACUUGAUAAAAAGUAGUUCUUGGUAUAUGAAGGAGUGAUGUGCACUUGAAUUACUGUACUACUGAUUGUUAUUGCUGCCCAUCAUAGUGCCUACUAAUAAUUAUCAACCUGUCAGAUUUUGGCAAACUGGAGUGAUGAAUGUUCCAGUAUUCGAGUGUUCCUAUCACUAUUGCUAUGACUAUAUACUCUUUCUUAAAACCUUCCCUCCUAAAAUAUUUAUAUCCAUUAAAUCUACAUGAUUUCUGUUUUGGUUUUAGUCUGAUAAGAUUUGCGUGUUUAUGUCUAUAUAUAUACAUAUGUGUGUAUAUAUAUACAUAUACACAAUACUAUGUCAGACUUAAAGAUAAAUAUCUUUAAUUCAUUGUAUAUAAAUAUUAAUUUUGCAUUAAUUAUUUAAGUCAAGAAUUAGUUAAGUAGCCAAAUCUUCUACCUUGUAUGUAUACUUCAAAGUUAUUACCAUCUCAAAGCUAUAGGUUGGUAGAUGCAUAUAUACCGGCAACUGAAUAUAAAUUAGAAUCACUAAGCCUUCUGCCAGUCCUUUUGUUUCACUUUUUUAUAUGUAUUCAUUGAAAAAUGAAAUGUUAUGAUUUUUUGAUACUUAAAAUUCCCAAUUAUUCAUUAGCCAUAAUCAAAUAAGAUCCAGUUCAAAACUCUGGUAUUAGGACAUGUAUUGCCAUGUAUCUUAUAAAAUAAGCUACUAUUUUUAUCUGUGCAAUAUGCAUUUUAUUUAUUGUCAUUUGUAACAUAAAUGAAGCUGCAAGUGUACAUGGUAUUCUUCAAAAUAAUAGGAUCUCAGCCUUGAGGAUAUUAAACUCUUAAGGCAACUGGAUGUUAGAAGUCAAAAAGUGAGCAUUCAAGUUAGUAACCAAAAUUACUAGUUCACUGUAUAAUUCUAAAACACUGAUGAUGUUUGCACAUAAUAACCCAAGUAUAAUGUGGUAUAGACUCAAAACUGUAAUAAUAUAAGCUAAUAGUAUGAGAUUUGGAAACGGGUUCCUCAUAACGGUUGGCAGUGUGCUCCUAGCAAUUGAAAGCAACACUAAUCUGUUGCUUAUAUGCAAAAGAUGCAAUGUAUUAUAAAAGUAUUAAAAGUUCUGCCACAUUUUAUAAUUUUCCUUGUUAAAGCCCCAAACUGCCAUGUCCCUUAAACUUGAGUCAAACACAAGCUUAUUUGCACUAAAGAGCAUGGCCAAAAAAUAAACGACAGGGUGGAAAAGCUAGUUGGAACCUCUUGAAAUAAUUGGUUCUAAUGGGAGAAUUUCACAUUUGUCUAUUUGAAAGCUAUAUGGUCCAGGCAGACAAUCUGUCAGUUCACUAAUUUAAUAAUGCACUUUACCUUUUGUAUAUAGAAGAUGUACAUUUAUGCCACUUGACAGGUGGGAUGUGUUUCAAUAACUAUGUAGUUAGAAUCUGUAGGGUGAUCUCUUGCAUGCAGAUGUUUGUGUUGGAACUGCUAUAAUAACAAGUUUCCAUUAAAUCAGUGUAAUGAAGGAGGAUCGAAGAUGCUUUUGAAACAAGUCCCAAUACAUUUAACAAACACUUUUAAAGUAGAGUUCAUAUUUGUAUUCUUAAGACCUAAAAUCAAUAAAAAAAAAAAAAAACAUAUUUCUAGCCCAGCUUAGUAUUACAGUUGAGACUAUAUCUAGUUGAGACUCCUCAUAAUACCCUGAAAGUUAAUUUUGGGAAUUUGUGCAGACAAAAAAAAAUUUUUAAUAAUUCUGUUUCAUUGUUGAUGUGUGUUAAAAUGACUAAUGAAAAGACAGUACAUUAUACUGUAUUAGAAUUAAAAGUAUGGUUGGCUGACAUGGCGUCAUUAAGAAAACACCCAGACUAAAGAAAUAAAGUUUCAAAUUAAGAACAUGCAAAGAGCCUAAGAACCAUCGCUAAAAUAAACGUAGUAUUAUUUCAAAAUUUGCAGAACUAACUUUCACCGACCAAAAAGGGUAUUGGGAGAUUUAGCAUAUCCUUUCAUCCUAAAAACUUCCUGAGAUGUACAUUUGAAAACUAGAUAAUUGUUGCUUAAUAAUAGGUUGUAUGUACUUUACUAAGAAACACUGUGUACUAAUAAUUCAUUGAGAAUAUGCUAUAUUUACUGCAUUCAUUUUAUAUAUAUGGAUAAGAAUACAUUAUAUAUAGUCAUUCUAUCUUAAUAUAUUCAUGUAUUUAUAUUGUAAUUUUGCAAAUAUUUUCAGUAAAAUAAACAUUUAUCUGAGCUGCACAAUUUGAAGAGGAUGAAAUUGGAAUACACCCUCAGUCACUCAUUUUUAAUAAGCAGCUACCAUUGAAAGUUGAUGUAUGUACUAUCACUCCUUUAGAUUUUGUCAUAUGGUUUAUUUUAAUAUUUAAGUGAUUAGGACUUAAUUUGAACUUUUAAUGGUGUUCUGAAAAUAACUUUUAUAAGUGUGAGAUAUUUUUCCCCUGCUUAUUUCAAAAUGCCUUUCAUUGGAACUAUUUAUAAAAUCCUAUUCCACGCUUUAUGUAAGGGCUUGGCUUAGUCACCACAUAGUUUGAAGUCUGUCUUUACCAAAACACCAAACAUCUUUGGCAGGAUAAAAUCUAAAGUAAACCACAAAGAGAAGUUAAAAUUGAUUCUAUGCCAACAAAAUAAUACAGGUACAAUAUUUAUCACUGCCAAAUAAGGUUCUUAAAGUCCUUCUGAAGUUUUCUUAAAGAUUUCUUGAAUUUCUCAGAGAUAUGGUGGCUAAUGGCUAACCCAUCGGAAGAGAAUAAGGAUGUUAGCAUGCUGGUGAGACAAUCCAUAGUCCACAGUGCUGUAGCAAUGAGGUAGAGGGAAAAUGUUUUUUUCCCAAGCUAAGGUCAUGCAAAAUUUGAGUUUUUAGAUCACAAUUACUAUCAGAAAGUAAAUAUAACAAAAUUUAGGUAGGUGGAUCUUGGGAAAACAAUAUAUGCAUUAGUACAUUUUCUUGUAUAUUGUAAAAAAAUUAGUCUUUUUUUCUUAAUUUGACAUGAUUGUUAAAAUUAAUUUUAGUAGUGGCUUUUUAACCAAUAUUUUUGAAUAGGGAAAACAUAUAUAUAGUACAAAUUUAAAUGCUACAGUUAAUGAAAAAUAGCCAAUGUUAACCAAUUUCUUGUGUAUCCUUCUAGACUUACUCUGAAUAUACAAGCAUAUGUGUAUAUACAUAUAUUCUUUUUGCACAUCCAAAUGAAAAUAUAUACACUAUCCUGUACCUAGUAAUAUCAAUUUUAGAUCUGUCAUUUUAAAUGAAUUUUUUUCCCUUUUAUUCAGAUACCAUAUUUGAUCUAGUUAACAUAGCACUUAAUUUGAACUGUAUUAUUACCAAGGGAACCUCAAGGAAAUUUUGAAUGAAUCCCCUUGAUAUUUACUUAAAUGCAAAUAUAUGUAUAUAUUAAUUUAAAAUGUAUAAAUAUUUAAUUUCCCUUCCCUGUCCCUAACCACCUUGUCCCUCCUGUCUUCCCAUCUUCCUUCCCAUAGAAGAGUAUUGGUCUUUUUCCUGAAGUAAUAAGGUUCAGGACUGGCAGGAUAUUAAGCUAUUUUACCAAGUGUUAUUUUAUCUUAACUGUGUUCUCCAAUGAAAAAAACCCGUAUUUAAAAGCUUUAACAAAUUAUCACUUUUAGUCAAGUUUUACUAACUCUGAUAUCUCAUUUUUAUCCAAAGACCUUGCCAUUAUGAGAGCAAAUGAGCACUAGAACUAUAGUGGAAGUUUAUGCUAUGACUGUUGAAAUCUUUUGAUUUGUUAACAUGAGCUUUAUCUUUAUGAUGAUAAGGUUAUUAAUAAAUAAUGCCUUUAGCAACUUAGUCAAAUCCAGCCCUACAUAAAAGGGUAACACUAGUCCUGAUUGUUUAAAGCAUUGAUUCCCCCACAGAAGGACUCUGGUCCUUGGGACCAGAAGGGGUACUAUGAUGAUUUGGAGAGAGAUGAAAACUUUGGGGCUAUGAGGUUUCAAAUACAACUAAACCAUCUCCAUUCUCCGCUAGAAGAUUAUAAAAUGGUAUAUUAUUUUUUAAAAGGAAGUUAGCAUAGUGCUUUAAUAGUUUUUCAAAUCCCCCAAUCCCAAAAAGAUCAUUAUUCUCUUUUCAUUCAUAUCAGGCAUGUAUUUUAAAGUCACCUUUCUAAUAACCACCAAGAAAAAAUUAUAUGACACAGCGGAAGUCCUGUACUGGAACCCUGAAGGAUACUAUCUAGUUAUAAAUCAAAUCAACCAGAGUAAAAAAUCCAGUACUAUUAGAAAUACCUUAAGAUAUAUGAGGAUUGAGGAGGAAUUUUUUUAAUGGAUUUGUUUCUGUAAAUUUUACAAAAAUUUUAAGAGGCUUAAAAAAAUUCAAGCAUUGGUUUAAACUUUAAAAUAAUAUCUCCAUAAUUGGUUGCAUGAUUUUCUGUUUGUAAAAUGACAGAGUUGUUCUUAGAAGACAGAAUCUUCUUAAACAUAUAUUUUUAAAGCAUAAAAGAGUUCUUUUAACGAUGAAUAACUUAUCAUCCUUUGCAGAAUCUAUAACAUUGGUAAAAAUCUCCAGAUAUUUACUUGUUAAGGCUUAAAAUGGUUUUUAUGUUUUGUUUCUUAUUUAAAGAAAGGGCUCAAAAGGGAGGUAAAUUCUCCUGCAGGAAUGAGUUUUGCUUAAAUUCAGGCUAAAAAAGUUAGGAACUUCCCAUACGUAAUCAAGGGGUUUCCCAUGUUAGUCCUUUCUGGUAAAUUAUGUUUUCCAAACUUUAUCUUCUUUUGAACAUCCUUGGUGAGAAAUUGCUUAUUCUUAUUGAGGCCAGUGAUAUUUACCAGUGAGUAAAAACCGGCUCAUAAUGAAAUUAGUGCUGCUAUAGUGAAGUUAGUUCGCAAUGUGAAUAUAAAGAAAAUACUCAUUUAAAUGGAAUAUACAGUUACUUCUGUUGUUGACUUAUUUCUAAGACUAAAUAGGAGUUGCUUGUUCUCUCAUUUUUUCCUCCUUGUAUACUUAGUUUCUGUGUUAUUUUAUUCAAAGUUUUCAUCCUUCCCAGGAAAUAGUAUGGGUAAAGAACAGGAAAAGUAAUCCCUAAGAAAAAUGUUCAUAGUAGUUAAAAGUUAGAGUUGCUCAAAGUGUAAGAUGGGGGGAGAAAAACGCUUUUGUGCGGUUUUGUCUUUAUCAAAAUGAUUAUAUAAACCUGUUUGCUUUAUUUGAUCUGAUUAAAGACAAUUUCUUUUGAGAUGCCGAUGUUAGAAAUAUUUAGUAUCUUAAUUUUCUUAGAGAAAAUGGCUCAGUUGCAUAAUACAUACUUUUCAGGAUUUUAUUUAUUACUUGUGGAUUUGAUGAGGCUGUUGUGUAGAGGUAGCAAAUGUACAAGUAAGAGAGAAGAGAAAGGUAGUGACUCAUUAUUUAAUUUGCCUAUAACAAGGGAAAUCAGUAUAACUGAAAUGGGAGAAAUAAGAAAUUCUCAAAACCAAACCCCUAUUUAUUUAACCUUUAAAAGAUAAGGAGGGCACGUAUUACUUGGAGCACUGGGUGUGGUGCAUAAACAAUGAAUCUUGGAACACUGAAAAAAUUAAAUUAAAAAAAUAAAUAAAUAAUGACUUGAGAAAGAAUAAAAAGACCUAAUUCUGCCAGUGGAUGGCCUCUCAGCAAACCAUUUCCUUCAGUAGGAAGGCUUCCGCUUAUGAAACAUGAGCAAGGGGCUUCUGGGUUACUCAAUCCUGUAAGCAUCUGACUCUUGGUUUCAGCUCAAAUCAUGACAGGGUCAUGAGAUCAAGCACUGUGUAGGUUUCUGCACUCAGCUCUGAGUCUGCUUGAGAUUCUCUCCCUUUCUCUCCCUGGUUCCCCAACAAUCUCCCCACUCCUGCUUACUCUCUCUCAAAAUAAAAUAAAGACUUAAAAAAAAAAAAUGAACAAGAUCAGGUUGGAAGCUACUUCCCUCCUACUCUAAACUUCUAAAAUUCUGUAUCAAUGGAGUGUGAAAGAAAAAAAUAAGAGAGUACCAGAAUUGGAAAAUGUAAGACAGUCUCUCUCUAUAUUAAAAAGAGCUGUAAAAAUGCAGCAGUCUGUGAUGAUACCCAAAGAACAUGCAGACGUGGCGGUUUUUUAUCACAUGUAUGUACUUCUUUAGCCACACAAAAUGAAAUUUUGUUCCUAGUCCUUUCUAAGAUCAAAUUGUUAUGCACUAUCUACAUAACUAUCCUAUGCUUUAAUUUUUUUAUGGAAAUAUUUUUGUUAUCUAUAUGAGGUCUUAUCCUUUGGAAGCAUCACUUGUUUCUAUAUACUCUAAUAAUUUCUUAUAUUCUACACGGCAAAAGAAUUUUAAAAAUAACAUCACUUCCUGAAAUGUCAUUGUACCUGAAAUAACCUUAAAUUACAUUGCUAAAUGAUACACUGCUACUAUCACUGCAGGGGCCCCUGAGAAGGAAGUACUACCCUUGACCCCUAUUUCCUUGGUCUGUUGAACAUAGUAUGUUACAAUAAUGAUGUUUAACAAAGGAAAUCAGGAAGGGCACUGAACCGUGAACAGUAGGGUUCUACUUUAGAGGACCUGUAAUUACUAGGGUGUACAAAGAUAAAACAUCAUAAUGAGUUUGUUUUGUUUUUAGCCUUGAUAAACUACCAAGGUUGAUGAUUGAAGGGGAAGAAAAAAACACACAAGGGUUUUUUUUGCCCCAGAUGCAUUUAUUAGGUGCCCCGGUCCUCCAGUGGACAGUACACUACCACCACUCUCAAUAGAGCAAAGGUAAAAAAGAGAGACCUCUCCUACUGGACUAAUCUUUUUGGUGCCCAUUUAUUUAUCAAAGACAGUGCUUUCGAGUAACCAAAGUGUAUUUUGAAGCGUGUGUACACAUACAUAUUUUAUUAAUUUCAAAAUAUCUGUGCACAUAAAAUUUCAUUACAGGCAUAUUCCAUAUACUAAACCAGCCUUUAGCCGGUUUCACACUAGCAAUCUGGUUGGUCAAAUUCUAUAGAGUGAAUUGGCUGUUGUAGAAAUGUUUUUCUCCCCCCUCUUCUCAAAACAACAGAUACAUUUUAUUGCUAUAUUGUUUCUUCUUCAAUGUUGCUUGAAAUCUAAGUGGGAUAUGAGAGAAUCAUUUAGUUUUGUGAUAAUUUGCCCUUGCCAUUUUGUAGAAAUUGUCCUUAGCUUCCCAUUUCAAACAUUCUGAGCAACUUUACCAAAAGAACACACGCAAGGGCCAGAAGUACCCAUUAAAUAAAACAGCAGAACCAUAAGAUAAUAAUUUAGAAAAAAAGGAUAUGUACAAGACACCUAAAUUUAAAAAAAAAAAAAAAGUCCUUAUCAUUUGCUUCAGAAGCUGCUGUAUUUUAUUUCUAAGUUUUUCAGACUAGCAAUGUGAUUUAUACCAAUGGUUGACAGUCUAGAAUCUCAAUAGGAUAAAAUAGUUAGAAAGUUCAGUUGAAUUUAUUACGGAAUUUUAUCUAUUGCUUUUCUCCAGAAAGGGUAAGCCAUACUAUAAACAUAUAUAGAAAUAGAGUUCUAAAAUUCCACCACUCUUAAUCUUCCUCCCUUCUUUUUCUCCCUCUGAUGCACUGUACCCUGUUGGAAGUGGGUAAGAACACUAAUUUCUCCCACUACCCCCAUGACCCCACUCCAUCCUAUUUGUUUAAGUGACAGUUGAAACACAAUAGAGAAGGCUAAAGAAAUUGCCUUAUGAACUAGAUCUGUAGACUAAGAAAGAAGGGCUACUACUUCACUCAACUAUUCUCAACACUCUUGCCAUAUUCCUUUACAGUAAUUUAGGAUGAAUAAUAACAUUUCACUUGGGAAGAUAUGGACUGAAAGGUCAGUUAAUCUAACUUUCAGUACACAGUGAAUCUACAGGAAAUAAUUUGACUAGCAUGAUUGACAGUUAAUUUCAGAAAUGAGUUUAGCCUCUAGAAAAAUUGCACCAUGACCAUUUUUAAAGAGAAGGUGGUGACAAAAGGAAGAGUCGAUCAAGAUUUAUUAGUACAAUCUAUUACUUAUUGAACACCUACCAUAUAUUAGGCAUUGCUGAACCCCUUGUAACUAUUCUAAUCAUUCUAACAACCCUAUUACUAUCCCCUUUUUAAUAUGAUUUUCUGGAGAUUUUUGAAACUGAUUCAGUAUUUCAGAUGAAAUAUUAGUAUUUCAGAACUAAUAUAUUUGAACCCAAGUUGACACCACGCCAAAAGAUUGUGCUCAUUCAAUUAAGCCAAAGUAUCUUGAAGACUUCCUCCAAAAUGUAAGCCCCCUGAUUAAUAAAGCACAAUCUAUCCUGGAACAUCACUGGUAAAUCUGCCUCAGAUUACUAGGAAUUAUUUUAUCCAAAACUCUUCCCUAUGUAUGCGGCUAGUACCAGCAGGAGACACUCCUUAUUGAAGGGUUCAUCUAGUUCAUUAAAGUUCAGUACUAAUAAAUGCAGUUUAUUUGAUCUUUAGUAUAGUUUUGACAUUGAACCUCUAAUCUCAACCAACUAUGUCAAUAAUUUUGAAAAGAGAUCAAAUGAUGAGAAUAUAGAUGGAUCAUCCCAAUUUAAUCCUUAAGGGCAGAGAGGAGACAAAUUACUAUUUACCAUGGAUCUACAAUUUCAUUUUCAUGAACCAAAACCAAAUGGUCGUGUUGAAUUGAUUUGGAUAUAAGUCUUAUCAAUAUUAGGGAAAAGUUUAUUUUUUCUUGCAACUCCUUUUACCAUCUUAUUCUUCCUAUACCACUCUACUUAUUUCCAUAUUUCAUUACCAAUUUUCCUCCUCUUAUCCUUAUCCACAGCAGAAUAAACUGGUAUGACUACCCUAUUUACAGAUACACAUUUUCUCCAUGACUCCAGGCCAGUGGUUUUCAAAUUUUGCUGUGAUUAAGAAUCACUCAGAGGGUUCAUUAACACGCAAGAUUGCUGGCCCCACUUCCUGAGUUUAUGGUCUGUACGUCUGGGAUGGUGAGGAGAGGACCAAAAAUUUGCAUUUCUGACACAUUCCCAAGUGAUCUGAUGCUGCUAAAAUGGGGGCCCCACUUUAAGAACCACUGCUCUACGUUGAUGUGAUUUUACCUUAGCUGCAAAAGACCGUGAAAGAGAAAUGUGGUCAAAAUAACUACAGCAUCUUGGUUGGUAGAAGACUCAGAGCUAUUCAUUCUGUCUUGAAAAAUUUACAAAUCUAAAACAAUAUUUUUUAUAAAUUGCCUAGACGUUAGAUAAAAACCAUUUUCUUCUCUUUUUAUCCUUUCAUUACAUUUUAUAACUUCUAUCUGAUUUUUUGACAGCACUUUUGAGAUAAUUCUGGUAGGGAUUAACAAUUAUGAAUUCUUAUAUGAAAAGUUUAGCAUUCAAAUUUAUGAAGACUGAAGCAUAUUUUUAAUUUGUUAAAUAACUGAUAUAUAAAUCUUAGUAAAGGAAAGUAAGUGAUUUCUAUACUCAACAGUUAUUAAUAUAAGUGUUAGUGAAUAUUAAAUAUUAAGUCUUAAAGGGACCCUAGGAUUAGUUCAGUCCCUCAAUUUUCCAUUUUGUGACAUAUGUCAUGUAGCUCAAAUGGUUCAUAAUUACUAAAGUAAGCCAGGUAAACAGAAAAUAAAAGCUGAAGUUCAAAAUGCUGAUUGUUUCUUAAGAUAUAUAAAUGAUAAUAAAUAUACUAAUUUCUUUUAAAAGCAUAUGUAUCACCAUCUUCCUGUGUCUUAUCUAUAUGUGUAGGAAAGAGGAACUAUAUAUGUACUGUAAUGUAUUUAUGAUAAUUUUUCAAAUUAACAGUGGGACCCAUUGAUUUAAAUCGAGAGAUACUUCCUCUGGAUGCUUGUUGAGCGUAUUUGAAAACAUAACUAACAUACUUAAAAACAAUUAAUACUAUGUUUGCUAACCUGUGGACAUUCCAUAAUUAAUGUGUUGAUCAAAAUUAAUAAAAUUAUAUUUUGUAUAUA